GAGCCUGGAUGAGUUAAAGUCCGCGGAGUCCAUACUUCCUCUCGACUUCGACGGUGUGUGUAUCGUGUAUUGUGUGUAAAAACUAAAAAAGAUCAUGGGAUCGGUGGCGUCAGCGUUGAUGGGAGGAGGAGAACAGACCCCCAACGACGGCGAUACAUCAUCGGAGGAAUCACGAGUUAUUGAAUUUCAUUCUUCUAACCGCUGGCAGCUCCAUUACAAUCAGUCAAAACAAUCCCCCAAACUGAUGGUCGUAGAUUUCUCGGCGUCAUGGUGUGGACCCUGCAAGAUGUUGGAGCCCUUUAUCCGCUCUCUCGCUUCCAAAUAUCAGGAAAUCGACUUCAUCAAGAUCGAUGUCGAUGAAUUACAGGAUGUGGCACAGCAAUUUGGGGUGCAGGCAAUGCCAACAAUUGUAUUGCUAAAACAAGGAAAAGAGGUGGGAAGGGUUAUUGGUGCCAAGAAGGAUGAACUGGAGAAGAAGAUUCUUCAGAACAGGGAAGCUCCUAAAUUUGCAGCUUGAUUCAUCUCUCUCUAUUCUCGAAUGUUUGAUUAAAAGUUAUUUUGUGCAAUUGGUAUCAGAAUUCAGAAUUGUACCAAAUAAGUUAAUCGUUUAUGUUUUAGUAUGAAUACUCCAACGUUUUUUAACUACUUGAAUUAAUUAUUGGUGAUGUUGGUUGAUAUAAAGGUCUUUAUCAAUAUAUAAUAUGAUGAUAUUGGCUUC